AUGGUAUACAUUGUACUGUUUCUUCAUGGUAUAGGGGCACUAAUAGCCAUUUACAUAUUAGUAAACGCAAAUAGUUAUUUCGUGGACUAUAAGCUAAAUGUGCGCUACUAUUACUCGGAAACGCUUGAAAACUAUCGCAAAAACUUUCUCUCAUAUCUGGGAAUCGCGUCAAAAGCGCCAAACAUUUUGUUUCAAUUCAUUAAUAUGUUCUUCAGCUCAGAAUCGCUGUCCACACGGAUCUGGGCGUCACUGUUGUUCCAGUCGGUGAUCUUUGGCCUAAUACUGGCCUUCUCGGCGACGGACACCAGCCGUUGGCCUGAAGUAUACUUUUGGCUGAUAAUGAGCGGCGCGUUUGUGGCCAACAUUGCGAACGGCAUAUUUCAAAGCUGUGUCUACGGGAUUGCGGCCAAACUGCCCGUGCGAUACACAAACGGCGUGACUAUUGGGUUCAAUCUGAGCGGUGUUAUCGCCGCCGUGUUUAUGAUAGUGUCCAUAUCGGUGGCUCAAAAUGACCGCGUUGUGGCCAUCUAUUUGUUUUCAUUCGCCAUCGCGUAUCAAAUGUUGUGUUUUUUGGCCGAACUUCUGGUCCGACGAAAUGCAAACAUCAAACCCGUCGGCCGUAUAAUCGCCGACAAGUACUUCAGUCCCAUAUUUUGUUUCCUAUUAUUUCCCGUUUUCAACACUAUUGGCAACUAUUUGGCCGAAGUGUCGGCCAAACCAUCGGAAACACUAUUAACCGUAUUGUCUCUCUUAAGGCUAUCAUUCAUACCGUUUUUCCUGCUCUGCAAUUACUAUCCCUACGACCGACACAUGUCUGUACUCGUGGCCAACGACUGGGUUUACAUCACGGGUGCGAUCUCUAUGGCAGUCACCUCCGGAUACCUGUCCAGCAUAUGUAUAAUGUACUGUCCGGUAGGGGUUGAGCCCCGGCUUUACUUUUUCAUUAUGCUAUCCGUUGGUCAUAAAACUGGACAUUAUUUAUAUUUCGUGGACUAUAAGCUCAACGUAACGGACCAUAAGUCGGAAACGCUUGAAAACUAUCGCAAAAACUUUCUCUCAUAUCUGGGAAUCGCGUCGAAAGCGCCAAACAUUUUGUUUCAAUUCAUUAAUAUGUUCUUCAGCUCAGACUACCAAUCCCUGUCUAUCCGGAUCUGCGUAUCACUACUGAUGCAAACCAUUGUCUUUGUGGUGACGCUAGCGUUGGCGGUCGUGGACUCGAGCCAAUGGCCGGAGCUAUUCUUCUGGAUCACAAUGUUGUCGGCGGUUGUCAUCAAUACGGCUAACGGUGUGUUUCAGGGCUGUGUCUACGGGAUUGCGGCCAAACUGCCGGUGCGUUACACCAACGCUGUCACCAUUGGGUUCAAUCUGAGCGGUGUUAUCGCCGCCCUAUUACUGAUACUCUCCAUAGCGAUCGCGCCGACGGCCCGAGUAGUGGCCAUAUAUUUCUUUACAUUCGCCGUCGUUUACCUCGUGUUUUGUUUGUGUAAUGAGCUGUUUGUCCGCCAAAAUAAAUACUACCUCUUUGUGAUGAAUGCCAGUAAUGAUGGCAAUAAUUGUUACGCAAACUACUCAAUGGAUGCCAUCACCAAAAGUAUGGACUCAAUAGCACUGGACAGUCGACUACAACAGCCGGCGCCGCAACCCAUAGCCGAUAACAACGAAUUAAAAUUGCUAAACAAACCGCCGACUGGCUAUCGGCUAUACGGCCACGUGUUUCGGCAAAUAUGGCCGCAAUUACUGAACAUAAUUAUCAUAUAUUUUGUCACUUUCUCCAUAUUUCCUGCGGUGGAGGCGAACAUCAAACCCGUCGACAGUAUAAUCGCCGACAAAUACUUUGCGCCCGUAUUUUGUUUUCUAAUAUUCCCGUUGUUUAAGACAAUCGGCAACUCUAUGGCCGACUGGUUGCCCAAACCGGCGCCCAAUCGGAUCGUCAUCUACUCAAUAGCCCGGUGUGCUUUUGUGCCCUUUUUCCUACUUUGUAAUUAUUUGCCACACGACAGACAUGUGUCGGUAUUAAUACACAGCGACUGGGCUUUUGUAUUGGGAGCUGCCCUAAUGGCACUGACAUCGGGCUAUCUGUCCAGCCUAUGCAUCAUGUAUUGUCCGGUUAGCGUAGAGCCCAGACACGCGUCCAUAGCCUCUAUGAUGGCAUCGUUUACCAUAUUGUUUGGCAUUUUGUUGGGACUUAACUUCUCGCUCGUCUAUCCAUGGAUUGUUAAUAUGUAG